GGUACAAAAUAUUGGGCCUCCAAGUGCAAACUUUUGACGGCCCAAACUACAGCAUAGAAUUGGAUUAAUGUGAUUACUACGACUCUGAAAAGUUUCGUGCUCUCUCUCCCUCCUCGAGCCAGGUCCGGCGACAAAAACAUUCAAAAAGGAGGGAAAACCCUUAAACCCUAGAAAAUCAGUGGACUCUCUCUCUCCCUAACAAGGAUAUACUUCCAGAAGAAUGGUUUGAAAUAUAUUCUGCUUCAUAUUCAGUACACUUCUUCCAAGAGGCUUUUGGGUGCGAGUUGUGAGUAGUAGACUGUGGAGGGUAUCGCCCUUUCUACCGAAGCCAAUGGCGAGGCUUCUUCGAAACGUUUUGUGUCUAAAACACUCUCUAUAUGCACCACAGAGUUUUAGGAAGGGAUUAUUGGGGACAUCCUCCCAGCUAUGUGAUUUUUCUUCUAAAGGAAAAAGGAAAUCGAAGUCAGAUGGAAGUGACUCAGGUGAAGAGAAUAUGUCGAAGAAAGAUCUGGCCCUACAGCAAGCGCUGGAUCAGAUCACUACCUCGUUUGGAAAGGGAUCUAUCAUGUGGCUUGGUCGGUCUGUCUCUUCUAAACAAGUUCCGGUGGUAUCCACAGGAUCUUUUGCUUUGAAUAUAGCAUUGGGAAUUGGUGGACUUCCAAAGGGGCGUGUAGUGGAGAUAUAUGGCCCAGAGGCUUCUGGGAAAACAACUCUUGCUCUACAUGUAAUUGCUGAAUCACAGAAGCAAGGAGGUUACUGUGUUUUUGUUGAUGCUGAGCAUGCUCUUGAUCCAGCACUUGCCGAGGCUAUUGGGGUCCACACUGAAAAUUUGCUUCUCUCGCAACCAGAUUGUGGUGAACAAGCUCUCAGUCUUGUUGAUACCCUGAUCCGGAGUGGUUCAGUUGAUGUUGUUGUUGUGGACAGUGUAGCUGCCCUUGUGCCCAAGGGUGAACUUGAUGGUGAAAUGGGUGAUGCACACAUGGCAAUGCAAGCUAGGCUGAUGAGCCAGGCACUUCGCAAAUUGAGCCACUCUCUAUCUAUGUCACAGACUAUUUUGAUCUUUAUAAAUCAGGUGAGGUCAAAGCUGUCUACUUUUGGAGGAUUUGGUGGACCCACUGAAGUUACCUGUGGUGGUAAUGCCUUGAAGUUCUACGCUUCUGUGCGCCUAAAUAUAAGGAGAAUAGGACUUGUCAAGAAAGGAGAAGAGACUAUUGGAAGUCAAGUUCUUGUGAAGAUUGUAAAGAACAAGCAUGCCCCACCAUUUAGAACGGCACAAUUUGAGCUCGAGUUUGGCAAAGGGAUAUGUCUUGAAUCAGAAAUUAUAGAGUUGGGGUACAAACACAAGUUCAUUACGAAAAUUGGAGGCGCAUAUUACAGCAUGAACGGUCAGAGUUUUCGUGGUAAGGAUGCUAUUAAACAUUACCUGGCCGAGAAUGUAAGUGUACGAGAGGAACUCAUGAUGAAGCUCAGGGAGAAGCUGAUCGACACCAAGCCAGACAAGGAAAAGGAGGCUGAAAUGGAGGCCGUAGAUGGUGAUUCUACGGAAGAGACUGUUUCACCUGAUACAACAGACGAAGAAAUUGUAUCUGCAGUUGAGGCAUGAGCAAAAAUUAGGACUCCAAAUAUAAAUGGCAAUUUUGAUUUUUUUCCUGGUGGCAUGCUUCAGUAUCUGCAGUUGCCUUCCAAUUGAUCAUUGAUGGCUUUGUGCAGCCCAAGUCAGUGUACAACAUUGAUGGAAGUGUUGAGCUGGCCUUGAAUUUAUGAUCACUUGCUGUUCACAAUGGUGGUCUAUUUUGCUAAUGAUCUGCCAAUGAUCCGGCAAGAGUGUUCCAGAUGACUUGCUUCCAGACGACGGCCUUGUAAGUUGUAAUUGUCCGCAUAUAUAUAUAUAUAUAUAUAUUUUGCGUCAUGAAGUAGAUUGGAAUUUUGUGGGUUCAAAUUGAACAAUUUGAGGAAAAAAAUGUAAGGUCCCCUGUUCAAUUCCAUGGAAUCAUUUCAAUUGCUUGUUAUAAAUCUUAAGUUUGUAUGUUAAACGGGUUGGCCUUGUAUAUCUUAGUUGAGAAAAUCUAGCAAAGAAAGCCACAG